GCGCGUUUUUUCUCGGGUGGGCGGUGCGGAGCGGCAAGAAAACGCUGGGGAAACCGGCUCGACGUAACAUCUGUACCGGAAGUGUAGUUUACAUUUGUCAAAGCCAGCAAAAGUCAAGCUAAAGUCGUCGCUACUUUGACGCAAACGAUUCAAAAAUACCAAACACAGCUWAAACUGAAACUUACUUGUUUCCCACUUUUUUUGUUUGCGAUCUAUGUUACACUUAUGUUCAGUCUUUCUUCUCAGUAAGAACUACAUUAUCCAGAUUUAUUUCCUGCCSGUUCGAAAUACGGCAAGAGGUCAAAAAUAAAACCGCUCGUUCACGUACCSCGGUUACAAAAGGCUUGCGUAAGUGACUGCGGUGUGCAGGUCACAGCCAUCAUGAUGGACUGAAGGGUUUUUGAGGAACACAUGAGACCCACCGGAAGCUGAGGGACACCUGUGAGUUUCCACUCGAACCUGGAUCUGGCUGCUUGGGUCCUCUGAUGGCGGUCCGGCUCCUGAAAGUCUCCUGUCUGGCCACAGCAGUGUUCGCCUCUUCUGGCUUUUACCUCUCCAGCAAACGGCUGGACAUCAACGACCUGAGUGUUAUUCGCUUCGGACGAGCCGCAGCCACCACGGCGGUGAUCAGCUACGACUACCUGACCGCUUUCAAACAUGUGGAGUAUGGAACAGAGGAGUACUGGGCUGUUAAAUCCAAGGUGCAUCUACGAUCCGCAGAGCGCCUCCGGGACUUGUGUUGCGCCAACCGGGGGACUUUCAUCAAAGUGGGCCAGCACCUCGGCGCGUUGGACUACCUGCUGCCUGAAGAGUACACGUCGACCCUGAAGGUGCUCCACAGCCGAGCGCCUCAGAGCAGCAUGGAGGAGAUCCAGCAGGUCAUCAGAGAAGAUCUGGGGAAGGAGCUUUCGGAGAUAUUCGUCUUGUUUGAGGAGGAGCCUCAAGGGGCUGCGUCCUUAGCACAGGUCCACAAAGCAGUGUUGCAUGAUGGGAAGACGGUAGCCGUCAAGGUCCAGCACCCCAAAGUCCGGAGACAAAGCGCCAAGGACAUAAUGGUGAUGGAGGUUUUGGUGAAGGCAGUUCAUUGGCUCUUCCCGGACUUCGCCUUCAUGUGGUUGGUAGAGGAGGCCAAGAAGAACAUGCCAUUGGAGCUGGACUUUCUGAAUGAGGGWCACAAUGCUGAAAAAGUGGCCAACAUGCUGUCUCACUUCCCUUUCCUCAAGGUUCCCACGAUUCACUGGGAUCUUUCCACAAAGAGGAUCCUGACCAUGGAGUUUUUAGAGGGGGGGCAGGUCAACGACAGAGAAUACAUGAAGGAAAAUGGCAUCAACGUCAAUGAGAUCUCAGAGAAUCUCGGCAAAAUGUACAGCGAGAUGAUCUUCGUCCACGGCUUCGUCCACUGCGACCCACACCCCGGCAACGUGUUGGUCCGAAAGUGUCCCCGGAGCCAGAAGACGGAGAUCCUUCUGCUCGACCACGGCCUGUAUCAGGUCCUGCAGCCAGAUUUCAGGAUGAACUACUGCCGGCUCUGGAUGUCUCUGAUAAACAGGGACCUGGCCGGGGUGGAGCGUUACAGUCGCAGACUUGGGGCUGGAGAUCUGUACCCCCUCUUUGCUUGUGUGUUGACGGCUCGCUCCUGGAACUCUGUGAACGCUGGCAUCAGUUCUGUUCCCGUCACGCAYGCAGAGGACGUUGAGAUCCGGACUAACGCAGCUCAGUACCUGCCUCAGAUCAGCGACCUGCUGAACCGAGUUCCUCGACAGAUGCUGCUGCUGCUGAAGACCAACGACCUCCUGAGGGGCAUCGAGACCACGUUGCAAGCCAGAGCUUCUUCUUCGUCCUUCAUCAACAUGUCCCGCUGCUGCAUACGAGCCGUGGCCAGACACAAAAGGAGCAAGGCUCAGUCCAGGAGGCGCCGUCUGCAGAUCGCUCUAGCAGAAUCCCUGAGUUUGUGGAAACUCUCGGUGUACGAACUUCUUCUGUGGGUCAGAGGCUUGGUAAUCAACCGCUGGCUUGCUGCCCUGCUGCUCUUCCUGCACUGAGACACGUCUGGAACAUCUGCAUCCUGACAUCAAACCUGUGGCGACGUCUCAGCGUGGAACAUUCAAGUGAACGGCUCAAGUUCCCAUUCAGCGCUGUGUGGAUGAGACAUUUAUCAUGUUGGAAAAAUAACCGUGCUUCUUUUCAUCUUCACUGUUUCACAAUCAAACACAUCAACACAUUUCAUUUAAGAGAAUUUCUUCAGGAAACUUUCUCUUUUUGGAGGAUGGGGCAACUCCAAGCUCCCUUCACUACAAAUAAAACUAAAACACGAGUCGAACUCUUAUGGUGCAUACAGACAUUCGGUGCUGAGAAAAGACAAAAGGUAAGCACUCACCCGGCCAGUUUUCCUUCAUCUCAGGAGCGAAGAGGCGAAGCCCUGAAUGUUUCGAAACGCUGCGGUGAAGAAAACCUGACGUUUGAUCUGAAACCUGAGCGAUGACGUCUCCAUUCCUGCUUCUCAACAAAAUACCUCCAUCACAUCCACUUCCUGUUCGUACGCUGAGUAUUUUCCACUGUUGGACCCGUUCUCUGGUGAGGAUUCAUGUUAACUGUUGUUUCAGGUCAGACAUUCUUCACUCAUCCCUGCAGCAUGUUUCAGAUGUAUACCUUUUGUUUAUUGAAGACAAUAAUCAUGAUUCUUUAGCAUUGUUUUUUCUGUGUAACUCCAGCUCUGCUGAACGUACGCAGCUCUUACAAAUGAAUAAGAAACACUGGAGAAACAUCGAGAAACUUUGGGGUCAUUGUUCCUUUUUUGAUGACAUCACUCCCGCCAGGAAAUUAUUGGAAAAUUUGAGGCAGACUGAAGUCUCCGGUUCGUGGUCACUGCCACUGUCCUGAUGUGUCUGUAAAUGUCUGAGUGGCUCACAGCCUGUGUACAUUUAACCGCAGUCGGUAUGCCAUAAUUACCUCAGAAAUACGCAGAAAAUCCAGAUUAAGAGUACAGCCACGCUGCGAGAAAAUACUUAGGCACAGCAGGGCUUUGAGUUAAAAGCUAAUGUCAGCAGGCAUGUCAAAAUACUCCGAAUGACUGAAGAACAUUUUUCUGUUUAGCAGGUAAAAGGUUUGCUAAAGCUGAUAAUAGUUUUAGGGCUGUGUGAUUUAGAAAAAAAACUUAUCAUUUUAGACAAAUAGGAUUUAUUUCAUGAAAUGAUUGUGACAGCUUAAAAUGAAACAAUAAACCAAGCUUUAUCAGCUUA